AUGUUAAACAAUCAAUUUGGUAUCUAUAGAGCGUACGGAUAUGGUAAUGUUACUUCAACAACAAUUUGGACGGCAAGCCAGACCUCAACAUCCCAAACAUCCUUUCUUGCGUUACAGACAGAUCGUCAUUUGGUUGUUUAUACAUCGACUGGAGGUGUGCUGUGGUAUUCUGGUACCAAUAAUGGCGGUGUUGGAAGUCCAUUUUGCUUUCAAAUGUUAGAUUCAGGAAAUCUUAUAUGGACUGAUAAUUCUGGCACAGUUGUUUGGCAAACAAAUACUGCACAAAGUGGAUAG